UGAACACAGCAACCUCCAAUACCCUAAGGAAGCUCCGUCUACACAUGCACGUAGGGUCCCAUGCAUAGAAACAGCAGGUUGUCUCCAAUCGCCUGGAGGACGCGGAGCACGCCAAACAGGAACUUUAAAGGGAUUGAAAUCUGUUGCCUGUUCCACUAGGAAUAUUGUUUGUAAGGCACAAGGUGUCUUUUGGUAGUGAUCACUCCCUGCGCAUGCGCAGGUCCAUUCGGGGAAUUACUGCCCUGCCGCCGACUAAGUUGCAUUCCUUGAAUCUUCGCAGAAAAGGCAAUUCUUUUAAUCAGAGUUAGUAAUGUGGACAGUACAAAACCGAGAGAGUUUGGGGCUUCUCUCUUUCCCUGUGAUGAUUGCCAUGGUCUGUUGUGCACACAGCGCCAAUGAGCCCAGCAACAUGUCAUACGUGAAAGAGACAGUGGACAGAUUGCUCAAAGGAUAUGACAUUCGCUUGCGGCCGGACUUUGGAGGGCCCCCGGUGGACGUCGGGAUGCGGAUCGAUGUCGCCAGUAUAGACAUGGUCUCGGAAGUGAACAUGGACUAUACACUCACCAUGUAUUUCCAGCAGUCUUGGAAAGACAAAAGACUUUCUUAUUCUGGAAUCCCACUAAACCUCACGCUAGACAACAGGGUAGCUGACCAGCUCUGGGUACCAGACACCUACUUUCUGAAUGACAAGAAAUCAUUUGUGCAUGGGGUUACGGUGAAAAACCGAAUGAUCCGGCUGCAUCCAGAUGGAACAGUUCUCUAUGGACUCCGGAUCACCACCACGGCUGCGUGCAUGAUGGAUCUGCGAAGAUACCCUCUGGAUGAACAAAACUGCACCCUGGAGAUUGAAAGCUAUGGCUAUACUACUGAUGACAUUGAGUUUUACUGGAAUGGAGGAGAGGGAGCAGUAACAGGAGUUAAUAAAAUUGAGCUUCCACAGUUUUCAAUUGUCGACUACAAGAUGGUAUCCAAGAAGGUGGAGUUCACAACAGGGGCUUAUCCACGGCUGUCACUAAGUUUUCGACUAAAGAGGAACAUUGGUUACUUCAUUCUGCAAACCUACAUGCCUUCUACACUGAUUACAAUUCUGUCCUGGGUGUCUUUUUGGAUCAACUAUGAUGCAUCUGCAGCCAGAGUUGCACUAGGAAUCACUACAGUGCUGACAAUGACGACCAUAAGCACUCACCUCAGGGAGACCUUGCCAAAGAUCCCAUAUGUCAAAGCGAUUGAUAUUUAUCUAAUGGGUUGCUUCGUGUUUGUGUUCCUGGCUCUGCUGGAAUAUGCCUUUGUAAAUUACAUCUUCUUUGGGAAGGGCCCUCAGAAAAAGGGAGCUAGCAAACAAGACCAGAGUGCUAAUGAGAAGAACAAAUUGGAGAUGAAUAAAGUUGACGCCCACGGCAACAUUCUCCUCAGCACCUUGGAAAUCAGGAAUGAGACGACCGGCUCGGAAGUGCUCACCGGCGUGAGCGACCCCAAGGCCACCAUGUACUCCUACGACAGCGCCAGCAUCCAGUACCGUAAGCCCCUGAGCAGCCGCGAGGCCUACGGGCGCGCCCUGGACCGGCAUGGCGUGCACAGCAAGGGCCGCAUCCGCAGGCGCGCCUCGCAGCUCAAAGUCAAAAUCCCGGACUUGACUGAUGUGAACUCCAUAGACAAGUGGUCCCGGAUGUUUUUCCCCAUCACUUUCUCUCUUUUUAACGUCGUUUAUUGGCUUUACUAUGUACACUAAGGUCUCUCCUCACGGCUCAAUUUAGGCUACUUUCCUCUUCUCUUUUUUUUAACCCCGCAGGUCCCCUGCAGCGAUUCUGUUGUUUUUUGAGGUAGGAGAUUCAGCCAUCCAAUUGGUUUUGGGUCUUGCAUAUCAAUUUUAUUACUGCACCAUGUUUACUUCGAAAUAGAAGAAAAAAAAAAACUCUAUUUUUUUUUUUCAGUCUACUGUGGUCCAGGUUAUCAGCUCUUUAAGAGCUCUAUUAAUUGCCAUGUUUACAAAAACAACUAACAAACACAAAGAGAGAAGUUAGACAGGCAGAUCUUGUGCAGCCUUUCCUAGUCUCCCUGGAUUUUACUGAUUUAUUUUUUAAACGGGUA